AAAGGCAGGACUGAGACGAGAGGAGAAAGUUUUCAAAUAGUGCUGCUAACAAAACUUAUUGAGGAGCUCCACUUAAGACUAGAGCAGAGACAGAUAGAGAGCGAGGAGGAUAGAGAGAGAGAGAGGGAGAUAGACAGAGGAGGGCAUUACAUAAUAAAUCGAUUAUCCUCUGAUGCUUCCUGAAAUCGGAAAACUGCAGUGGCUGCUGUAAAUCACAAAGAGAGAGAGAGCUCUGCGUUCAAGUCCUCAGUAAAAAGCUAUGACCUCAGCCACGCCCCCUUCUUCCCGUAGCCCCUCCCCACAGAAGGUCUGCCACUCCCAGACACAGACAGAUGUUCUAAAGCCACUCCUUGGUGGAGGAGGCGGGGCUUCGACAGAAAACGGACCUGCGGCAUUGAGACGCCGUCGACGGGUGCUAUCUAAAGAUGGGCGGAGCAAUGUACGCAUCGAACACAUCAGCGGUCGAGGGAUGCUUUACCUGCGUGACCUGUGGACGACCUUUCUGGACCUGCAGUGGCGUUACAAGCUUUUUCUGUUUUCUGCCACCUUCGCUGGCACCUGGUUUGUUUUUGGAGUGCUGUGGUACUUGGUGGCACUUGUGCAUGGAGAUUUGCUAGAGUUCGACCCUCCGUCCAACCACACGCCGUGUGUGAUGCAGGUCCAAACCCUGACGGGAGCGUUCCUUUUCUCCCUGGAAUCACAAACUACGAUUGGUUAUGGCUUUCGCUGCAUCACUGAGGAAUGUCCUCUUGCUAUCAUUCUGCUUAUUGUCCAACUUGUCAUCACCAUGGUGAUGGAGAUCUUCAUCACUGGAACCUUCCUUGCCAAGGUAGCACGGCCAAAAAAACGUGGUGAGACGGUGAAGUUCAGUCAACAUGCUGUGGUCGCCAAUCAUGAGGGCCGACCUUGUCUUAUGAUCCGUAUCGCUAACAUGCGUAAGAGUCUCCUUUUGGGCUGCCAGGUAACAGGUAAGCUGCUGCAGACUUCACAGACUAAAGAGGGUGAGACAGUGCGUCUGGAACAGAGGAAUGUAGCCUUCCAAGUGGACACAUCCAGUGACAGCCCCUUCCUCAUCUUGCCCCUCACUUUCUACCACGUGAUUGAUGACAACAGCCCACUGUGGGCCUGGGCUGCCAAAGGUGGUGGGUGGACGGAUCCGGAGCUGGCUGACUUUGAGCUGCUUGUGAUCAUGAGUGCUACUGUGGAGCCGACCUCGGCCACCUGCCAAGUUCGCACCUCCUACCUGCCCGAUGAGAUCCUGUGGGGCUACGAGUUUCCACCUGUCGUCUCCCUCUCCCCCUCCGGAAAGUAUGUAGCUGAUUUUGCCUUCUUUGACAAGGUUGCCAAGACCAAGACCCCGCCCCUUUUCAAACAAGCCCCGCCUCCAAACACCCAGUCACCGCAACAUCAAGGCAGUGGUGGUGGAGACCAAGGGGCGGAUAUGGAGAAGAUGCGAUUGGAGGAGAGUUACUGGGAGGAAAGGGGGCGGGACAGGGGGCGUGUCCGAGACCAGCUUAGCGUCCGCAUUAGUAACGUCUAG